AUGAAAAAAUUAUCUUUUAGAUUCAAAGUUGUCAACUGGAACAAAUCAAUGAAUGUGACUAAUUAUUCUUGGGUAACUGAAUUUGUGUUGUUGGGACUCUCGGGUUCUCCAGAGCUCCGGCCCUUCUUGCUUGUCAUUUUCUCUCUCCUCUACCUUGCUAUCCUGCUGGGCAACUUUCUGAUCAUCCUCACUGUGACCUCCGAUGCUCGCCUUCACACCCCUAUGUACUUUCUGCUCGCAAAUCUCUCUUUUAUAGAUGUAUGUGUGGCCUCAUUUGCGACCCCCAAAAUGAUUGCAGACUUACUUUUAGAGCAAAAGAUUAUAUCUUUUGAAGCCUGUAUGGCUCAAAUUUUUUGUGUGCAUCUUUUUGCUGGUGGUGAAAUGGUACUCCUUGUGUCCAUGGCCUAUGACCGUUACGUUGCUAUAUGCAAGCCUCUCCACUAUAUGACGAUCAUGAGCCACCGCGUGUGCAUUAUUCUGGUCGUCAUCCCAUGGGGUAUUGGUUUCAUCCAUACAAUUAGUCAGUUGGCAUUUACUGUGAACUUGCCUUUCUGUGGUCCUAAUGAGGUAGAUAGUUUCUUCUGUGACCUCCCUCUAGUGACCAAGCUGGCCUGCAUUGACACGUAUGUGGUCAGCCUCCUGAUAGUAGCAGACAGUGGCUUUCUUUCCAUGAGUUCCUUCCUCCUCCUGGUGGUGUCCUACACCGUCAUCCUCAUCACAGUGAGGAACCGCUCCUCUGCCAGCAUGGCAAAGGCUCGCUCCACACUGACUGCCCACAUCACCGUGGUCACACUCUUCUUUGGACCAUGCAUUUUCAUCUAUGUGUGGCCCUUUAGUGGUUAUUCAGUGGACAAAGUGCUGGCUGUCUUCUACACUGUUAUUACCCCCAUCUUAAACCCACUCAUUUACACUCUGAGGAACAAAGAGAUGAAAGCAGCUAUGUCAAAACUGAAGAGUAGAUAUCUGAAGUCUGGCCAGAUGUCAAAAGUCACAAGAAAUGCUUGUUUCCCAGAAACAAAGUAA